CACAAACCUAUAAACGGUCAUUUCUGAAUGUUUAUGUUGAACUCAAUAGUUGUAUUAUUUACUCACGUUUGUCAAUGUAUUAUCAUAUGAAAUCGUUAACUCACUUUUAGUAAAUUUAUCAGAAACUUUUCAGUUUUGUUAAAUAUGCCGAAAUAUUACGAAGAAAUUGCGGAACUUAAUGACAAGAAACCAUGUGCUGGUUUGAGGGAAGACCUCAAAGCUUGCUUGAUAUCUACAGAUUGUGUUAGAGUACAUAAGAGAACACCAAAAGAUUGCCUAUUAUCUCAUGAUUCCAGUGUUCCUGCAGAGUGCUAUCAACUUAGACAAACAUUCUUUGAAUGUAAACGAUCUUUGCUGGACAACCGACAGAGAUUUCGUGGAAGGAAAGGAUAUUAAACGUUUCUUUCAACAGAAGACUAAAAAUUUAGAUAACAUGACUAUUUUGUAGUAUGUAUUAUAUAAUAAAGUAAAAUAUAAAGGUGGACUUUAUUUAUUCUAGCAA